AUGACUACAGACAAAAGGAUUGAUAUCACCCAACCACUUUGGGAUCAAAGUACAUUUGUUGGGCGAUUUCGGCACUUUGCUUUUAUUUCUAACCCACUUCUCUCUUUGGUACCAGAAACAGAGUUACAUCAAGCUAAGGAACUGUACUUAAAAUAUAAAGAAGGCAAGGAGCCAUCCGGCACAACAAUAAAACAGGCAGUAAGAGCAAAACAGCUGUAUGAAUCGGCGUUCCAUCCAGACAGUGGUGAAUUGCAGAAUGUCUUUGGUAGAAUGUCUUUUCAAAUGCCCGGUGGAUGUCUGGUCACUGGUGCGAUGUUGCAGUGGUACAGAACAGCAACCGCAGUUGUAUUCUGGCAAUGGGUGAAUCAGUCAUUCAACGCAUUAGUGAACUACACCAACCGAAAUGCGAACUCGCCUCUAACAACGACGCAGAUGGGCGUCGCGUAUGUGUCAGCAACCUCGGCCGCUAUGGCGACCGCCUUCACCUUCAAAUUUGUUAUACAGAAGCGAGCUACUAAUCCCAUUUUAGCGCGGUUUGUUCCUUUUGCUGCUGUGGCUGCUGCUAAUUGGGUAAACAUUCCAUUAAUGAGACAAAACGAGAUUUUACUUGGGUUGGAUGUAACUGAUGAAAAUGGGAAAAUAAUUGGCAAAUCACAGCUUGCACCAGUUAAGGGGAUAUCGCAGGUUGUCACUUCGAGAAUUGUCAUGUGUGCCCCUGGCAUGUUGUUGCUACCCGUGAUCAUGGAGAAAAUCGAACCUAAGGCUUGGAUGCAGAGAAUCAGAUGGGCCCACAUUGGCAUUCAGACUGGCAUUGUAGGAUUAUUCUUGACUUUCAUGGUGCCGACUGCAUGUGCUAUAUUCCCUCAGCGAUGCAAACUCUCAAUUGACACAAUCAAGCGAUUCGAAAAGGACAGAUAUGAUGAAAUCGUCAAAAACACAGAUGGUAAACCUCCUCAAUAUGUGUACUUCAACAAGGGGUUGUAG